AUUGAAGUGCUUGGCUUCAUUUACAACCAAACUGCGGCGGUUUGUAACAGAAACUUACAAUUAAAUACAACCAGGAAAUGAAGAGCUAAGUGCAGAAUUUCUUGACUACACUGCCCUUUCCCCACAAUGGCCUCCUCAUCAGUUGGAGAUAAUCAACUGCAGAGGAUAAUCAGAGAUCUGCAUGAUGCUGUGUCAGAGUUGAGUAAAGAACACAAUGAGUGUGGUGAACCCGUAACUGAUGACAGCUCCUACCUUCACAAGUUCUUCUAUAAACUAGAAUACCUGCUGCAGUUUGACCAGAAAGAGAAGACAACCUUUCUUGGUCAGAGGAAGGACUACUGGGAUUUCUUCUGCGACUGCCUGAUUAAAAUCAAGGGAGCUAACGAUGGCAUCCGUUUUGUUAAGUCCAUCCCUGAGUUGAAGACAUCACUGGGGAAAGGAAGGGCCUUCAUCCGCUACUCGCUCGUUCACCAGCGUCUUGCUGACACACUGCAGCAAUGUCUUACAAACCAGAAGGUCACAAGUGACUGGUAUUAUGCUCGUAGUCCUUUUCUCAAGUCUCAUCUCACUGCUGACAUAAUCAACCAUCUUUAUGAGCUCAACCAGAUCCAAUUUGAUGUGGCUGCCAGAGGUUACGACCUUGAUGCAGACUGGCCAAAAUUUGCAAGGAGAACAUUAGGCACUGCCACACCAGCAUCUCUGUGGAGGCCUCCCAGUCGCUGCUCCAGCAUCAACAGCCUAAUUAGCAGCUACUCACACUCACAGGCACAGGAGUUUCUUCCAAUCCCAGACUUAAGUCAAAGUCUCCUUGGUGAACUGGGAGAACCCUCUUCUUGCAGCAUAGCAGAGAACCUCCGCAUUGAGCUUGACCAGUCGGAGCUCAGGCAGCAAGAGCUUCUGAUCCAGGUUCAGAAGUUUGGGAAAGAAGCUACGGAGCUGAAAGGUGUGGUUAAAGACCUUCAAGGCCAGCUGUUAGCAGUUCAGAAGUCCUCUAGCCAAUCUGUAUCUACUGCAGUCCAAAGUAUCCAAGAAACAGAAAAUCAGGAGAGAGCAAAUGACCUUCAAACCUGUAGGGAAGCAAUACACCGUGAACUUCACAACAGACUCACAGCCGCUGAGAACAAAAAUAUGGAGCUUCUUUCUAAGUUGGAUGAGACUCUCAAAGAACAGGGACAACAAACUGCUAGCUAUUGCAACUCGGCCUGGAAAAUCCAGGAGCUCCUGGAUAAACAAAAGACCACUGAGGAGAAACAUUUGGAGUUGAAAAGAGAGGCUGAAGACAGGGCCAGGCACUCUGAGCAUUUGUCCCAUGAACUCAAACUCAGGGAAGAAGAGUUGAGAAACGGUGAGGAAAAGCUGGCUGAAGUAACUGCCCGAGCUCAUGACGAACGUGAGGAGGCACUCAAACGGUUGGAGGAGCUCCAAAGUGCAGUCAGGCAAAUUCAGGGGGCGCUGAGUUUGAAAGAGAAGGAGACAGGGAACUUGAGAGCCCAUCUUCAGGAUUUACAAUCAUCACUGGAGUGUAGAGAGCGGCAGGCGGAGGACCUGAGGAAAAGACUGCAUGAGGAAAGGGAGGAGGUAGAACAGAGAUGGAGCAUGAGUAGUAGCCAGAAUGAGGAGCUAGAGACCCAGCUCUUGGAUCAAAAAAGAGCUCUAAAAAUCAGAGAGAAAGAGCUUGCAGUUAGUUCAGAGAGAAUCAAGCAUUUAGAGGAGCAGUUGGAGAAACUAAAUGUUGAAAAAGAAAAUCUGAGCUCGAGACUUGCUGAAAAUGAAGUUGUUUUUUCUGAGAACAUUGAUGACUACAAAACCAGAUGCAGCAAUCUCAUAGAAACAAACGCUAAACUACUCCAAUCAGUUACAAAGAGUGAGGGGAGCAUUACAGAGUUGACUGAGAGCAGGGCAGCUGUGUUAGAGCAGCUAGCUUCUUUGAGGGCUUCUGAAAAACACUUAAAAGGCCAAGUUGAGGUUGCAAAGAUGUGUGUGGAAGAUCGAGAGAAGAUGCUCUUAGAUGAAAACCUUCAUUUGGAGGAGACAGUCCAAAAGACGCUUAUUCAGAUGGAAAUUUCUAAUGCUCAAUUAAAGAAGCUCGAACAUGAGAACUGGGAGCUUUUUGAGGUUCAGUCCUCGUUAAAGAAACAUUUAGCCACAACUCAACAAGAACUGGACUUAUUCGCUGCCAAAGCUGAAACAUUGGACCAGAACCUCAUUGUGUCCCAAAGAAGCCACGCAGAGGUACUUGAAAAACUCCAAGAAACUGAGGCUAAACUGAAAGAGCAGACUGUUGAACGUGGGCAUCUGCAAGCUAGAGCUAAGGAGCUGGAGAGCGGGAGAGGGGAGCUGCACAAUGAAAAAGGAGCUUCAGAGAGCAAUGAAAAAAUGCAGAAGCUUUAUGAUGAGCCACAGGCAUUCUCAGUGGAAACCAAAGAGGCCCCGUUAAGACAAGUUAUUGCUGAUGCUCAACUGGAGCCCAAUCUAAGGGAAGUGCAGCGGCUCCAGGAAGAGGUGGUGGAGCUCAGGGCUCAGCUUCUAGCAGGAACUGAGGAGAGGAUGAAGGUUCAGGCAAUGCAGGAGGUGACAGAGUCCUCUAAGGAGGACCUCCGUGUCUUAGCAGAACAACUGAAAGCCCAGGUAGAGGAGCUAAACCGCCGGCAUGUGGAUGAGAUUCUUCGAUCGCGGGAGCGAGAGGAGGCUCUUAUUCGAGAGCGUGACGGAGAGGCUCAGGCUCGGGCAGGUUUGGCUGCGGAGGUUAUUGCCUCCAGAGAGGAACUCAACAAACUGAAGCUGGGUUAUGAAGCCUUGUGUCUGGACAACAGUGAAUCCAGGGAGGCUCUUCAUAGAGCCAAUACAGAAACAGCUGAACUCGGUGUGCAUGUGUGUAUGCUAACUGCUGAGAAUGAAGAGGCUCGUCUGCGCUGGGAGGGCUUGUCAACAAGGCUGCAAGAGUUGGACAAGGAAGCAGCUCAGGAGGCAGAGAGGCUGAAUACUUGCAUGGAGCAACUGAGUCGGGAGAAUCAUCGGCUCCUUGGUCAGCUUCAUGAUGACGACGGUUUAUUGGCCACCAAAGAGGAGCUGCAGGUUAAGCUGUUCAAGGUCCAACAGGAGGCUGAAGCUGUGCAGGAGACAUGCCAGGAGGAGAUCCAGGCACUCCGCUCACAGCUUAGCAGCCAAGCCCUAAGCUACGACAGCCAGCUCCAGACUGUGAAUCAAGAGUUAAAGGAAGUGAAAUUACAGCUGAUGGCUGAGCAGGAGAAAGUCGUCAACCUGGAGAACAAAUUAAAAAAGCUAGAGGCUGAGAAUCAAAGAUAUUGCCAACAGAUUGAGGAGAAAAAAAUCCAGAUGGCGGAUUUUGAAAAUCUCAUCCAGCAGAAAGAAGAUGAGAUAAUCCAUCUGAAAGGGAAUCUAUCAAGGUCUAAGGAUGCUCUAGCAGUGGCUCAGCAGACCUGUCAGGAAAUGAGUGAAAAUCUACGGAGAGUCACUCAGGACAAACAAAGCUUUGAUCUUCGGACGGCUGCUGAACUCGAUGAUCUUUACCGCACAAAAAUCAAUUUGGAAGAAAGGCUUGUAGAACUCAUCAGGGAGAAAGAUGCAAUGUGGCAGAAGACAGAUGCCCUAGAGUUUGAGCAGAAACUGCGGGAUGAGGAGAUGGAGAGGGACGUCAACUACUGUCUGGGCUGUCACAGUCAGUUCAGCUGGUGGCUCCGCAAGUACAGCUGCAGACUGUGUGGGCGUCCCUUCUGCUACUACUGCUGCAGUAACACAGUGAGCACCCAGCAGGGUGGCCCCAGAGAGCGCUGCUGCAGGGACUGUUACAACCAGCACAGUGCAGUAGUUGAGCGCCACCCAGAGGAGGAAGUGACUAACAGCACACCGGGGACACCUUUCAGUCGUUUGCUGCAGGCAGGAAGAUCUGUGACAAGUGUUGCAGGAGCAGUUGAAGGUGACAAGUUGGAGGACGGUGUUUUCGACAUCAUUACAGAGGAAGAAGUGAGUGGGGUCUAUGACAGUGACUCCCUCUCUUUUGCAACCGCUUGCUCUCCUGGACACGUACAGCAGGGGGCAGCACAACUAAACAGCAGUGCCAGUGCAGGAGACCUAACACCAGAAGAUACUGAGGACCUCAGUGCUGCAGUACAGGAUGCAGAGAUCUGCCUACUAAAGUCUGGGGACCUCACACUCUCCGUCCACUUCACAGUGAAUGACAUGUCAGGGUUUGGGGACAGCUCCCGAGAGCUUUUCAUCAAGUCCAGCUGUUACAGCACCAUCCCCAUCACCAUGAGUGUUCCUGGUCCUACUGUCUCCUGGACGUUCACCUCGGAACCCAAGAGCAUCUACUUCAGUGUGGUCUACAGGGAGAGUACAGAGACUCCACUAGAGCAGGCCAAGGUCUUGAUCCCACUGACUCGCUGUAACUCUCACAAAGAGACAAUCCAGGGGGAACUGAAAGUCAGAAACGCUGGAGAAUACACACUAAUCUUUGACAAUUCUUUCUCCAGGUUCAUCUCAAAGAAAGUGUUGUAUCAUCUGAGUCUAGACAAGCCUGUGGUCUACGAUGGAACUGAUCUCCUCUGACCUUGGCGGCAAGAAUGAGAAAUAGGUGUGAAGCAGACUUUUGAAGCAUUAAGGGUAUUUAAGGUUAUGAUUUAAAGGCAACUGGUUUUGACACUACUGGUUUAACAACCUCAAUGAAAGGUUACAGAAUUUAAAAAAAAUUCUCUCAAUUUCAGCUCUUAAUUUCAUGAGGUGUUACAGCUGGAACACACCCCACGUUUAACCCUGGAUUUCUACCAACUGUGGAACGGCUGCGCGUCGGCUCCGUGCUCUUCCAUCCUUUAAUACCAGCCAGGUCCGGAUUUGUUGCGGAAAGUCUGCGGCCAUGACUGACAGCUUUGUUUCUGUGCUCGACCUCCUGUGAUUGUUUGUGUCCGAUAAAUUGGGUGCCGAAAUAAAAAUAGCUGCGCUACGCUGCUUAAUGCGAUGCUUGCAUAUACGCAUGCUCCUGUUGAUGAUGUGUUCCUGCUGAAACACAUCAUUUAAGUAUGGAUCAUGAGAGGCUGAAAACAAUGAAGUAAAACAAUGUUACACUAUUGAAUGUGAGCGUGCACUACGUUUAUUAAAAUACUGACGUGGUUUAAAUGUAGCAUUAAGGGUAUCAAACUUCACUCCGAAAUGACUAGAGGAUUGUUCCAUGUUUGAUUGUGAAGAACUGUGCACAUACCGGUUUCUCAGCACCUACAGAUGUAGCUCAUGUAGGCAACUUUUUUUACUGCAGCCUAUUGUAUUCAUUUUCUUUAGCAUGAGGUCCGAUUGAUUGAUCAAUCACGGUUUGUUAUUUGCCUUGUCUCAAAGCAAGUACUACUGUUAUCUUUUGAACAUGGGAUUAAUGUGUUGUCUGCACAGAGACAAAA